AUGGGGCUCCUUGAGUGUCUUUAUGACAUGGUGGCUGGUUUUUCCCAGAAUGAUAGUCCAAGAGAGCAAGGUGGAAGAAUUGGAAGACUGAUUAUUGGACAGAAUGGCAUCUUGUCGACACCUGCGGUUUCUUGCAUUAUCAGGAAGAUCAAGGCAGCAGGUGGAAUCAUCCUCACAGCCAGCCACUGCCCCGGAGGACCAGGGGGAGAGUUUGGAGUCAAGUUUAAUGUUGCCAAUGGAGGUCCAGCACCAGAUGUCGUCUCAGACAAAAUCUAUCAGAUCAGCAAAACAAUUGAGGAAUACGCCAUAUGUCCUGAUCUUCGAAUCGACCUGUCUCGACUUGGAAGACAGGAAUUUGACCUUGAAAACAAAUUCAAACCAUUCAGAGUGGAGAUAGUGGACCCAGUGGAUAUCUAUCUCAACCUCCUUCGGACCAUCUUUGACUUUAAUGCCAUCAAGAGUUUGCUCACUGGGCCAGGCCAACUGAAGAUCCGCGUUGAUGCAAUGCAUGGAGUUAUGGGACCGUACGUGAGAAAAGUUCUGUGUGAUGAGCUGGGGGCCCCAGCCAAUUCUGCAAUAAACUGUGUUCCCCUGGAAGACUUUGGAGGGCAGCAUCCUGACCCAAACCUGACAUAUGCAACAACCCUUUUGGAAGCCAUGAAAGGAGGAGAAUACGGGUUUGGAGCUGCAUUUGAUGCUGAUGGGGACCGUUACAUGAUCCUCGGCCAAAAUGGCUUCUUUGUGAGCCCUUCCGACUCCCUGGCCGUUAUUGCUGCCAACCUCUCUUGCAUUCCGUAUUUCCGUCAGAUAGGGGUCCGAGGGUUUGGGAGGAGUAUGCCAACCAGCACGGCCCUGGACAGGUAA